UUUAUUACUUGACCUGGGAGGUGGUUUUUCAGGAAUGUUUUUGGUAGAGUAAUAAGCUGCUUAACUGUUUUGUGCACUUUUUAAAAGAUGUGUUCUAUAUUUCGCAAUACAAAUGGAUUUUUUUUUUUUUUUUUUUAUAAAGAGAAAACUUCAUUCGGGAUAAGCUGGGGGUGUCCGAGAGAAGCCAGGACCCACUCCCAGGCGCACACCACCAUCUGCAGCCCGACCCCCUCCUCGGGCCGGCUGAGCGGCCUCGCGGGUCACCAGACUCCCAGAACGACGGCUGCAGGCCCCAGAGUCCACGAGGACAGAGCCACCAUGGGGACGACAGCCCCAGGGCCCAUUCACCUGCUGGAGCUAUGUGACCAGAAGCUCAUGGAGUUUCUCUGCAACAUGGAUAAUAAGGACUUGGUGUGGCUUGAGGAGAUCCAAGAGGAGGCCGAGCGCAUGUUCACCAGAGAGUUCAGCAAAGAGCCAGAGCUGAUGCCCAAAACACCUUCUCAGAAGAACCGACGGAAGAAGAGACGGAUUUCCUAUGUUCAGGAUGAAAACAGAGAUCCCGUCAGGAGAAGGUUAUCCCGCAGAAAGUCUCGGACCAGCCAGCUGAGCUCCCGACGCCUCCGCAGCAAGGACAGUGUAGAGAAGCUGGCUACAAUGGUGGGGGAGAAUGGCUCCGUCCUGCGGCGUGUGACCCGUGCUGCGGCUGCGGCUGCGGCUGCUGCAGCCACCGUGGCAUUGGCUGCACCUUCUUCGCCCACCCCUGAGUCUCCCACGAUGCUGACCAAGAAGCCCGAGGAUAACCACACCCAGUGCCAGCUGGUGCCUGUGGUGGAGAUCGGCAUCAGUGAGCGCCAGAAUGCUGAGCAGCAUGUCACCCAGCUCGUGUCCGCCCAGCCUCUGCCCCGCACUCUGUCCCCGACUCCGGCUUCAGCCACAGCUCCAGCCUCCCAGGGCAUCCUGACAUCAGAUGAGGAAUCAACACCUAAGAAGUCAAAGGCCAGGAUACUGGAGUCCAUCACAGUGAGCUCCCUGAUGGCUACACCCCAGGACCCCAAGGGUCGAGGGGUCGGGACGGGGCGGUCUGCGUCUAAGCUCAGGAUUGCGCAGGUCUCCCCUGGCCCACGGGACUCGCCAGCCUCUCCAGACUCUCCAUGGCGGGAGCGGGUGCUGGCUCCCAUCCUGCCGGAUAACUUCUCCACGCCCACGGGCUCUCGCACGGACUCUCAAUCGGUGCGGCGCAGCCCGAUCGCCCCGUCCUCCCCGAGUCCCCAAGUCUUAGCCCAGAAGUACUCUCUGGUGGCCAAACAGGAAAGUGUUGUCCGCAGGGCGAGCAGAAGGCUUGCCAAGAAGACUGCCGAAGAGCCAGCUGCCUCUGGCCGCAUCAUCUGUCACAGUUACCUGGAGAGGCUCCUGAAUGUUGAGGUGCCCCAGAAAGUUGGUUCUGAGCAGAAGGAGCCCUCCGAGGAGGCUGAGCCUGUAGUGGCAGCUGAGCCAGAGGUCCCUGAGAACAACGGAAAUAACUCGUGGCCCCGCAAUGAAGCGGAGAUUGCCAACAGCACACCCAACCCGAAGCCUGCAGCCAGCAGCCCAGAAACACCCUCUGCAGGGCAGCAAGAGGCCAAGACGGACCAAGCAGAUGGACCCAGAGAGCCACCGCAGAGUGCCAGGAGGAAGCGCAGCUACAAGCAGGCGGUGAGUGAGCUGGACGAGGAGCAGCACCUGGAGGAUGAGGAGCUGCAGCCCCCCAGGAGCAAGACCCCUUCCUCACCCUGCCGGGCCAGCAAGGUGGUGCGGCCCCUCCGGACCUUUCUGCACACAGUGCAGAGGAACCAGAUGCUCAUGACCCCGACCUCAGCCCCCCGCAGCGUCAUGAAGUCCUUUAUUAAGCGCAACACUCCCCUGCGCAUGGACCCCAAGUGCAGCUUCGUCGAGAAGGAGCGGCAGCGCCUGGAGAACCUGCGGCGGAAGGAGGAGGCCGAGCAGCUGCGCAGGCAGAAGGUGGAGGAGGACAAGCGGCGGCGGCUGAAGGAGGUGAAGCUGAAGCGUGAGGAACGUCUCCGCAAGGUGCUGCAGGCCCGCGAGCGGGUGGAGCAGAUGAAGGAGGAGAAGAAGAAGCAGAUUGAGCAGAAGUUUGCUCAGAUCGACGAGAAGACUGAGAAGGCCAAAGAAGAGCGGCUGGCGGAGGAGAAGGCCAAGAAAAAGGCGGCGGCCAAGAAGAUGGAGGAGGUGGAGGCGCGCAGGAAGCAGGAGGAGGAGGCGCGUAGGCUCAGGUGGCUGCAGCAGGUGCGAGCGCAGGAGGAGGAAGAGCGGCGGCACCAAGAGCUGCUGCAGAAGAAGAAGGAAGAGGAGCAGGAGCGGCUGCGGAAGGCGGCCGAGGCUAAGCGGCUGGCAGAGCAGCGGGAGCAGGAGCGGCGCGAGCAGGAGCGGCGCGAGCAGGAGCGGCGGGAGCAGGAGCGGCGGGAGCAGGAGCGGCGAGAGCAGGAGCGGCAGCUGGCGGAGCAGGAGCGGCGGCGGGAACAGGAACGGCUCCAGGCCGAGAGGGAGCUGCAGGAGCGGGAGAAGGCCCUGCGGCUGCAGAAGGAGCGGCUGCAGAAGGAACUGGAGGAGAAGAAGAAGAAGGAAGAGCAGCAGCGUCUGGCUGAGCGGCAGCUGCAGGAGGAGCAAGAGAAGAAAGCCAAGGAGGCAGCAGAGGCCAGCAAGGCCCUGAACGUGACUGUGGACGUGCAGUCUCCAGCUUGUACCUCAUAUCAGAUGACUCCGCAAGGGCACAGGGCCCCUCCCAAGAUCAACCCAGAUAACUACGGGAUGGAUCUGAAUAGCGACGACUCCACCGAUGAUGAGGCCCAUCCCCGGAAGCCCAUCCCCACCUGGGCCCGAGGCACCCCGCUCAGCCAGGCUAUCAUUCACCAGUACUACCACCCACCGAAUCUUCUGGAGCUCUUUGGAACCAUUCUCCCGCUGGACUUGGAGGAUAUCUUCAAGAAGAGCAAGCCCCGCUAUCACAAGCGCACCAGCUCUGCUGUCUGGAACUCACCGCCCCUGCAGGGCGCCAGGGUCCCCAGCAGCCUGGCCUACAGCCUGAAGAAGCACUGAGGCUGGCCUGUGGCCUUCUUGGCAGCCUCACCUGCUGUCCGUGUCUAUCUAUCUGUCUGUCGGUCUCUGUCUUGGUCUGUUGCCCUCCUUCUUGGCAUGCCAUCGUGGAGGUCUCGGCCAGGUGUAUAUAAACGUCCUCUGUGCUGGGUGUUUCUGCUGCAGGUGGCAGGUGGCCCCAGGCCUGUUUGGAGGAUGGGCUGGGUGGGUGGGGAAGAAACGAGCCCAGCCCCACAUGGCCUGCAGACAGUGCUCUGUAAAUAGUUGUUUUAAUUUAGCUGAAUGUUAGCAUUUUAGUCUUUGGCAUUUUAGCACUUGGGAGGUAGAUUAAUAAAGUAUAUUCCUUCAA